AGCGUCACUGCUUACAAAAUCAACCAAAAAUUAUUAAAAAAAAAAAAAAUAAAACCAGUUACAAUAGCAACAACCGCGAGCUCUCGCACACACACACACACACAAUGGCCAGAGAUAGACUACCGGAGCUUUUACAGCGUUCGUUGAGCGCCAACUCAACGUCGUCAUCCUCGAACGGUUCGUUGCUGCUCAGCGUCUACAACGCCACCACAGAAACCCUCAACGGCAACAACAGCAGCAGUUGCAACAACAACAACAACAACAGCAGCAGCAACAGCAACAGUGACAACAACAAGGAUCGGGAUAAAAUGGCACAACACGGCAACAAUCUGGAUGCCAUUUUAAAUCCUUACUCGGGAAUUCGAUAUCAACUAUCACAAAUUGCUGCCAAUCUGGAGGCCAUGUCCCGCAUGUCCCAGACAAUCAAUCUGCGCACCUUUAGCGAGAAUGAAAUGGAUGAACUGCACAACAAAAAUCUGCGUCUGGGCAAUCAGCUUAUGACUCGUUUCAAGGAGUUAAAAGCGAAUAUGCCACCAGAGACGGAUUACAGUUUGGAGGCGAGAAUGAAGCGCACUUUGUUUUAUGGCCUGUACCAGACGUACAUCAAUCUCUGGCAGAAGAAUGAACUGUUCUUGCAAAACUAUGAGACAAAAAUUAAAAAGAAUCUGCGCAUGCAUUCCAAGAUCAUCAACUCGGAAGCCAGUGAACAAGAAAUUGAGCUGCUUAUCGAAAACAAAACGACAAAACUCUUUGUAGACAAUAUUUUGCAAGAGACGGAAAUGGAACGACAAACAUUGAGAGAUCUUAUGGAUCGCUUUAACGAGCUGAAGAAGCUGGAGAAGUCAAUUGAAGAUGUUCAUGCCCUGUUUAUGCGAAUACAAACCCUGGUCAUGGAGCAGAGCGAGACGAUACAACGGGUGGAGUUCCAUGCAAAUCAAGCAACGCUUUAUACAGACAAGGGAGCUAAUGAGCUGGAUAAGGCGAACGAUUAUGCAAAGAAGGCGCGGAAGAAAAAGAUAAUUCUCAUUGCUAUACUCGUCGCAGUAGUGUUAGUUUUAGUAUUUGUUGGUAUUUAUUUGUGAUGUAAAUAUUCAUAACAAUUUUUUUUUGUAUUUUUAAGGCAAAUAAAAUUAUAUAUUUCCUAAA